AACAGCUAUGGCUUCUUUGAAAACAGAAGCCGUUGUAUUAAAUUUUGCACUUAUCCUGCACGUGGUUUCGGUUUCCGGUGAGUGCGUGGACUUGGAUGUAUUUGGCUGCCGGAACAAUCCGCAUCUUUGUCAUGACGACCUUCUCGCAGAGGUCACCUGUCCCAUGGCGUGUAACAGAUGCCCGACGCAACCCACGACUGCCCCUCAACCAACACAGGCAGAACCCCAUAGUUGCUUGGACAUAAUGAGGCUCGGUAUUGGCUCAUCAUCAGGAGUGUACUCGGUGUACGCGCCUAUUAGCCGUAGACGAGUUCAGCUGUUCUGUGACCUUGAGACCGACGGAGGCGGCUGGAUCGUAUUCCAGAACAGAUUCAAUGGUUCUGUGGAUUUCUUCAGACCAUUUGCAGACUAUGAAGAAGGUUUCGGUACAAAGUAUGGUGAAUUUUAGUUAGGUUUACAACUGCUGAGCGAGUUUACUACCAGGGGAGAUCUCAAUGAACUGCGUGUUGAUGUUGACAUAGUUAACGGCACGAAGUCGUUCGAUAUCUAUCGUCCAUUCAGCGUAGCAGCAGGGCCAGAUUACACGGCGCAA